AUGGGUGUCGAAUCCUCUUCCCACCAUGGGGAGUCUAUCACCCCGGCUCAACAGCCAACCCUCCAUACCUCCUCCCAAAACAGCCCUGUUCAAAAGCCCAUGCGCCCCGUGGGUGUCGAUACCCCCAUCCCUCGGAUAACUGCGCGUUCCUUGAUCAUGGCCCUCUUUGUCUCCAUGGGUGGUCUCCUGUUCGGUUAUGACACUGGUCAGAUCUCCGGUUUUCAGGAAAUGAGCAACUAUCUGGAGCGGUAUGGUGAGCUUGGCGCUGAUGGCUCUUACUCUUUCAGUGCCACACGAUCUGGUCUGAUCGUCGGCUUGCUUUCCAUCGGUACCCUGAUCGGUGCCCUCGUCGGUGCUCCCGUUGCUGACGCGCUCGGCCGCAAGUGGUCCAUCACCCUUUGGUGCAUGAUCCUCAACAUCGGAUUGAUUGUUCAGAUUUCUUCCCCAGAUGGCCACUGGUACCAGAUGGUCGUCGGUCGUUGGGUCACUGGUCUUGGUGUGGGAGGUUGCUCCCUUCUCGUGCCUAUGUACCAGGGUGAAAGUGCCCCCCGUCACAUCCGUGGUGCUAUGAUCAGUUGCUACCAGCUUUUCGUUACCCUUGGUAUUUUCCUAGCCUACUGUAUCAACUUGGGCACCCACAAUAUGGACGGCACUGCUCAGUGGCGCAUUACGCUCGGUCUUACCUUCCUCUUCGCGUUGGUCCUUGGUGGUGGUAUGAUCUUCUUCCCCGAGAGUCCUCGCUAUGAGUUCCGUCACGGAAAGGUGGAAAGUGCCCAGCGCACCCUGUCCAAGCUUUACGGUAUUCCUGAGAACCAUGUUCGCAUCAUUGAAGAAAUGGAUGAGAUUCGUGAACAGUUCGAAGCCGAGUCUGAUGAUCAGAAAUGGCAUGAGUUCAUCACUGCCCCCCGCAUGUUUUACCGCAUUGUUCUUGGCAUGGUUCUUCAGUCGCUGCAGCAGCUUUCUGGUGCUAACUACUUCUUCUACUAUGGUACCACUAUCUUCGAAGGCGCCGGUAUCUCGGACAGUUUCAUUACCCAGGUGAUCCUUGGUGCUGUGAACUUCGGAACCACAUUUGGUGGUCUGUACGUUGUUGAGAACUUCGGCCGACGCAAGUCUCUUAUCUUCGGAGCCAUCUGGAUGUUUGUCAUGUUCAUGAUCUUCGCAUCCAUUGGUCACUUCGUGCUGGACGUGGAAAACCCUACCAACACCCCCAACGCCGGUAAGGGAAUGAUUGUGGUCACAUGUUUCUUCAUUGCAGCAUACGCCAUGACCUGGGGUCCUAUGGUCUGGGCUAUUGUCGCUGAGCUGUUCCCGUCGAAGUAUCGUGCUAAGGGUAUGGCUCUUGCCACUGCCACCAACUGGUUGUGGAACUUCCUCAUCAGUUUCUUCACCACCUUCAUCACCAAUGAAAUCGACUUUGCCUAUGGCUACGUCUUUGCUGGUUGCCUUUUCUUUGCAGCCUUGAUCGUUUACUUCUUCGUCAUUGAAGGAAAGGGUCGCACUCUGGAGGAGCUCGACUGGAUGUAUGUCAACAAGGUUGUCCCCUGGAAGAGCAGCAAGUAUGAGAUUCCUCAGCGCCAGGAGUGGGCCGCCGACGAGAGCCCUUAUGGGCGCAAGGAGGAGCAGAUGUACCAUGCCGAGAACGCAUGA